ACGUUUCCGGGUGGCGGAGCAGGUCCCAGGGUUCCCGCAGCCCCAACGUUUCUGGGAGGGUAACCAGGGUCAGCCCAGCAAGACAGAGUCUGACCCCGAGAAACCCCUGUGGGUCCCCCACAAGUGGCCUCAGCAUGAGCCUACUUGGCAGCAGCCCCACCCCGUCUCCUGGCCACAGAGCAGCCCAGUUACUGCGUGGCCAAAGUUUAGCCCCCCAAAAAAUUGAUGGAGCAAUGUUCAUCACACUAGUGACAUUGCUAGAAGAAGUGAAGGACACACUGAAGCUGCAUGGCCAGAUGCUAAACACACUGCUCAAAAAAGAUUCCAUGCCAGUCAUGGCGAUACCGGAUGGUGCUGUUUUCCCCCUGGCCAACGUUGAGGACGUUAUCGCCAUGAACGAGAAGCUCUCAGACCCUGAAUUCAUGUCUGCAGUGGUUGCCAUGGUUGCAGACAUAGGGGGUUCCUCACUUGAAGAUGCCACUAGGAGGAUGAUGAAGUUCCUGAUGGUGCCAGAACUGCAACGGCAGUACAACGUGACCGGACGGAUGGGCAAGCUGUGCUUCAAAGAUCUGCGUCUUUUUGAAGUUUUCUAUGGUGCACUGAAGAGUAAUGCAAUAACUGCAAACGUGAACCGAAAGGAUGUGGAAAUGGCACUGGGGAAAUGGUUUACAGGCGCACGUGACCGUGGCGGGGAGAGGGCUGCAAGAGCCCUAAGACAAAAAAGAACGUCAACAACACAAACGCCAUGACUGUUUUUGAUGUAUUUUUUUGGAGAGAUGUUUUGUUUUCUGACAUUUUUAAAAAAUAUAUUUUUUUUAUUUUAUUUACCAGUAAGGUACCGGUAUUUAUUUACGGUUUUUUUUAUUUUUCAGAGAUUUUUUUUAAAAUAUAUUUUUUAGUUUACUGUAUGUUGUGACAUUGUUUUUUUUAAGAGAAUUUUUGUUGUUCAAUUUAAUAUAUUUCUUGCAGUUCAAAGCAUCAAGUGUCUUGUAUUUAUCUUGUACUUACAUUCAUUCUUCAUUUUUAAUUUUUCUUAGAUUGUUUCCUUAAAUGAAUGGUUGGGCUUACCUUGCAUGAAUUGCCCAGUUAGGACCAACAUAAGAUCCUUACAGAGCCCACUUUAAGCCCAUAUGGGCAUUCACGGUUGAAUCCUGGUGCAAGCCCACUUUAGGCAGGUGGGGCCCAAAUGGGUCUGACAUGAAUUGCCCAGUUAAGACCCACAUAAGACCCUUACAGAUCCCACUUAAAACCCACCUGGGCAUCCACGGCUGGCCCCC